AUGCACACAAGACGUGUAAGCAUUGAGGCCGGCAUAGAUAUGUUCAUUCCGGUCGACGAUGAUUCAACCCAAAAUGUUUUCCGGUUGCCUGAAAAGCUAGCGUUACCGACUUUGAUAGACCGCGGAGUUUCGCCUUGCCACUGCGCGCUUAUGCCUCCAGGACAAGUUUCGCCAUCAGAAUCAGAAGGGUCAGGCGAUCUUCGAGAAGCAUUCUCGAAUUCCGCAGCGUCAGGGAUGGCAGGUUUCGACAUGCUAGCGAUGCUGUGCCGUGUGCUGUGUGGCAUGCUGCGUGUGGAGACCAAGGAGAGCGAGGGAUUUUUGGCAGUGCGAGAUUGUGGGGACACUGUAGCAUGA